AUGGAUAUUUUUGCCACAGUUUUUCUGGGCUGUAUCUCAGUAUUAUUUGGAAUAAUUUUAACUCUAAGUGUACAGUAUUAUAUUCUCUAUGUUUACUUAAAAAAGAGCCCAUUAGCUAAGCCUUCGCUUAUCAAAAACUGUGUUGACUACAGCCUCCCACAGGCUAUAAAGAAAAAAUUAGAAACUGAAGACUUAAAUGACAAAGAAAAGGGGUGUAGUUUACCAAUUAGUUUAGUCUUGCAAUUUUUAUUUCAUGAAUUAAGACACUCUGAAGUUAUAAAACGCUGGCUUUAUAAAAAAUUGAGCCUAGAAUUCGAUGAACUUUUGACUAAAACUACCAUAGGAAAAUUUUUUGAUAGUAUAACAAUUAGGGAUAUGCACUUAGGAACAGAAUUUCCAGAUAUUAAAGAUAUUACUGUAGAUAAUGUAAAGCUAGACAAGAAAGAGGGCUACAUUGAGACUGUUAGUUUAUGUUUAAAAUUAGAUUAUACAGGAAAUUUUUUGUUAAGUGUAGAUGCUAAAAUGAAAUUUGGAAGAACUGCUUAUCUUUCUAUAAAAGUGAAAAGAAUAAAUGGUGAAGCCAGACUACAAUUUUCUAGACACCCUUACACCCAUUGGUCUUUCAGUUUUUAUUCUGACCCAUUGUUGGAUCUUCAAGUUGAAUCUCAUUUUCAAGGCAGGCAACUUCAAAGCAAUAUUACUAAUCUCAUAGUAAAUCAGAUCAAAAAAGCCAUUAAAAGAAAGCACACCCUGCCAAAUUACAAGUUAAGAUAUAAACCAUUUUUUGUAAAAACGGAUCCCUGUCACUUAGACGCCGAAGAUAAUGAAAUAGUUCCACAAGGACAGUUGGAAGUAACGUGCGUCGAGAUAUCUAGGUUAUCCUUGCCACCUGGUGUUCAAAACAUUUAUUGCACAAUGUCUAUAGACAUUAUACCUUGGAUCUCAAUCUAUCAAAAAGACGACGCGGUCUAUAUGACUCUAGAAAUAACGAUAAGCAAAGUCAGGCAAGCUCAGCUGGGCGUGAUUUUCAAGCAGGAACAAGGCCUCGUUUUGGUCGACAGCGUAUCGCCUCACAGCGCGGCAUACAAGUCCGGUCUAAAACCUAAUGAUAUUGUGCUAGCCGUGGAAAAUCGUAACGUCCAGACGGUGCCCCAAGUAGCCAAAUUUAUCAAAUCUAUUUCAGCGGCCAAUUUUACUUUGAAAGUGGAGAGAGUGGCCGAAAAUUACUGCAUCAAAUCGAAAUAUGCCACUGAAGAGACUGAAAUAAAAGCGACGUGUCCCACGCCGGAAGUGCCAGAAGAGCCCGAUUUGAUACAAAACGAACAAGACAAUUUCGUAAUGAUCGAAACGCCGAAAGACACAAAAAAACGGGUCCCCAAAAUAAUACCGUCGAACGAAAAUAUGGCCAAGUUUGCUCAAACGAUAGGAAAUUUUAGUUUGAGAAAGAGGAAAACUUCGCUUUCCGAAAGUGGCAGUGCUAGAAAUACACCUACCUCGAGUAACCCUUCCACGCCGCAACAUUCAAGUCUCAAGCAACCCCAAGCUACACAGACUUCGUUUUCUGUCAAGAAAUCGUCUGUUUCAGAUAUACCGGAAAUAACUAAAACUGAGGCGGAAAAUAACAGUGCAGAAACGCCUCUCACCAUUGAGGUGCAUAAAAGUAAAGAAAUUCAGAACGCCACUGUGUUGCAAUUUAACGAGGAUUUCCAGUUUACUUUGAAGGAUUCAUUUAAAUAUUUGAAUAUGAAUGUGUGGGGUACGAUGUCGGAUGAGAAAGACAUUUUACUUGGUUAUGCGAAUAUCCCGUUAAGUCAUGUAUUGGGAGAAUGUUGUAACAGUUUAUUGGGCAACUACAUGCGCUGCUACUCGUUCCUACCUCCGAACAACACUUUACCGAACAACCAAACGCACCCUUUACUCUUACACUCCGGUUUCGAACAUGUCUUUUGCUACGGCGACGUCCUAUUGGCCUUCGUUUGGAUGCACGACGACGACAUCGAAUUAAAAAGAAAACUGUCGGAAACUAACUUACCGACAGAUAACGUAAAAUCUCUCGAUCCAACCAGCGGAAUGCAACACGAUUUCGUCAGAACGCAGUUCCAUAGAACGACGCAUUGUGAUUUUUGUUCAAAAAAGAUUUGGCUAAAAGACGCCGUCCAGUGCAAGCAGUGCGGAAUGUGCUGUCACAAGAAAUGCAUUGUCAAAUGUCAAAUGAGCAACGGAUGCAAUCCUAACCUCAAAUCUGACGCUUCCGACGGACCGGAAAUAACGAUGACGGAAGUGGGGGAGGAGCUCACAGAUACGAAAUCUCUCGGAAACGGCCUCAAAAGAGUUAACAGCGUUAAUAAUUUAGCUAUACCAGGUUCUUCGUUCUUAGGUAGCGCUUCGAGAAGUCUGCCGCCAUCGCCGCAACGAACACCCAGCCGAAAACAAUCCCUGGUAGCCAUAAACCCCUUUUUGGUGUGUCCGGAGGUACUGGAGGACGUUCAAAAAAACCCCGCCGAAGCUUCGGACAGUAUCAACAGACUUUUGGAGCAGGUGAUGCAGUGCCCCAACGACGAGUCGCUAAUGGAUUCCGCCAAGGAAACCGGUAGGCAGAUGUACGCUCAUAUGCCGCACGAGGAACGGGUGGAAAAGAUGAAUUUAAUGAUGGGCGAGCUCAAAAAGUGUUUGGAUUCGGUGACCCUGGAACACAUGGAGCUGUCCAAACAAAUCGGAUCCGAAGAUUCGGAAGUAGGGAAAGCGAAAUUGGCCUUUCUGAUGGGCAAAGCCGAUGCCAAAGUACACGGACUGUCGGUCCUAAUGUUGCAUUAUUGCUCUAGUUUGCAGCAUACGCAAGAUAAAAUCAUUUAG